GAGAAACUGAAAGAAUGAACGUGACUUCACAGCACAGAUCGUCGACUUAAGAUUACUCUGACUAUGUCUUCAGAUGAGGAGUUCUCUCUUGUGGUGGAGGAACCACAACCAUCCGAGGACACCUUGGAGGGAAUCAAGGCUUUAAUCACCAACUACAAGAAAAAAUACGAACAGCUGAUCCAGGAGCAGAAGGAGCUGAUCACCUCCAGGGAUGACAGCCGGGCAAUGACGGACAAGUGCAAGCAGCGCUGUGUCAAACUUACCCAGGAUCUGAAAGUUGACGAGCACCGAUAUGAAGAGCAGAUUAGAAAUGAAAAGGCUAAGCUGAACUUGAUGGUGCAGGAGGAGGGCGAACUGAUGAAGGAGAUCCAAAAAGUGGAGGAAGCUCUGAAGGAGGAGGAGGCCAGACACAGUCACCUGAAGCAGCAAACUGAUGUGUUCACUGCUGUACCAGAGAAGAAGGUCGUCUUCACUGGGAAAACAGGAAAUGGAGCUGGCGCACAAACAUUUGAAAUGAAGCCACAUAUAGUUUACCCGAUGGAGGGCGGGACGGCACUGAUUACAUUUGAGGAACAAGUGGUGGCCAGAAAGAUCCUGGACACGCAGAAGCAUCAGGUGGACCUGGGAGCAGAGUGCACCAUCACUGUGGAGGCCAGGCCAGUUCAGCUCAUGCUGCCCAGGCUGGUGGAGAUAGACACAGAGGUGAAUCCUCAGCAGAUAUUAAUCUCAAACCUGCCUGAGAUGGAGACCGAGACGCUGCUGAACAAGCUGGAGAUCCACUUCUCCAAGACUAAACACGGGGGCGGAGAGGUGGACAGAUGUGAACUGCUGCCUGACUCUGGGACUGUGGUCCUCACAUUUGUGAGAAAUGACAUUGCCAGAGGUUUGACGGAUAAAGAGCAUCAUGAUGUGGAGCUAUCACAGAAGAAGAGGCACAGAGUGAGGGUGACUCCUUUUCUCAACGGAAAGAUUACAAACUUAAAGACCAAGAUGUCGGUGUGUCCUCGGACGGUGCUGCUGACGGGAAUCCCCGCCAUCAUGGAGCAGGAGACCCUGCAGGAUCUGCUGGAAAUCCACUUCCAGAAAAGCAGCAACAGUGGAGGAGAGAUCGAAGCCUUCCUCUACAACCCAUUAGGUCAGCACACCUCGGCCCUGUUUGAGGGCGUCUCCACAGACAGAGAGGAGGAGUAGGAUGUACAUUUGUCACCUCUCAGGUUCAGGGUGAGAUCCUGUGAUGUAAAGACAGCAUUAUUCCUGCAUUUGUUUUAGUCUUAAAUUCUGUUCUCACAUCUUUUGUAAUGGAAGUCCGUGUAAUUAAAGAAAUACUUCAACCACACAAUGACAGUUUAUGUAUCAGUUACACACGUGUGUUUUGUCUCUGCACAAGCUGAGCCCAAAUGCACAUGAGUGUCCAGGCAUGCUCAGGGCGCUUCUCAUAAGUGGAAGCAUUUUAUAUUGUGAGAUUUUAGCAAAAUGACAUGUGUUUCGCAAGUACUGAUCAUAUGACUGGAUAAAUGAGACUUGGAUUAUACUGCUUGAGUUGUGUGAGAGAUUGUAAACGGAAAGCAGACCCUGAAAUUCAUGUAGAAGGAAUCUUUUUGGGAGUUUUCCUCAUGAAUUCAAGGCAACACAGACUAACUGACAAACAAAAGGUCAUUUUGUGGUUGAAGUAUUUUUUUAACUUCUUAUCUUGGGAUGUUUUUUGGCAUCAAUAAACCUGCCAGUCAUUUUAUUCUUGAACAAAAUCUGAUUCGUGUUACUGUAAGGAAUGUGAAGGUACAUCACACUGUGUAGGACGGAGGCAUCAUCUUUGAGGCAGUUUUCUCAAUUGCCCAAAAUGUAUGCACCCAGUCCAAAAACGAGAUGGUUUAUAAUGUGUGGGUGUGUAAAUGGAGAUUGGGGUCGGUCUAAGUCAUAUGGAUCUAUGAUGUUAUAUCAUAUGUAGUUUGUCAAAAUACACUGCUUCACCACUGUGGCAGGCACAGGUCAACAGUGUGUCCCCACAAGAUGGCGCCACAUCUAAAAAAAAUGAAUACAUUGUGACAUCAACUUCACAAUCUCUAUCUCUAAAGUGUUCUACAUUCAUACACAAAGUAUUUAAUCUUUUUUUGCCUAGUUACUUAAAGAUAUAAAUUAAUGGUGAUGAGAAAUACAUUAUAAUUAAUAAUGAAAUAAACCCAUUAAUCAACAAGG